UCAUACGGGCCAAGAAAAUGUAUAAAUUCAGGUUCGCAAAAAUUUGCCUUCCCUGUUUUUACUGAACUUUGGUACAAGCAUGAUUGGAAUGGCUCCGCACCAACUGCUAACUAUUUUUAUGGCCAGCGCCCUUCUCAGUGGUUCAAACGGGUCGAUUUUAGAUUCCGAUUCUUUGAUCGACGCCAACCAAAGUUCGAUUGAAGAUGACGACGGAUUUGAAUAUGGAUCCUCGAGGCAAAUCAAGUGCGUCGCGCCGACGGGACCUAUUACCGGAGGCCCUGCGCCCAUUUGCCUGGUCAGGGCCGAGUGCCUCGCACAGGGUGGACAGCCGGGCGCGGCCUGCGGCAGAGGUUUCGCUAGAGGAGUCUGUUGCAAUUUCCAAAACGUGAUUCAGUGCGGAGACAGGACAGCAUCCACCAAUUCGAUUUUCCGCAACCCCAAUUUCCCUGACCCGACCACAGACGCCAUCAAUUGCGCCGUCGACGUCGUCCCAAGACAAGACGUGUGUGGAAUCAGAAUCGAGUUUUUGGACGCACUGCUGGCGCCUUCGCGAAGCGGAGUUUGUUUCCAAGAUUUGUUCACCGUCGUCGGAGGUGGAACUGUGGACGCGACGGGUUUCAACACCAACAUGUGCGGCCUUCUUAAGGGUUACUCGACUAUGAUUCCCGUGAACCAGACGAGCGAUUUGAUCCGACUGGUGAUUAUGUCCCAAAGCAAAGGUGUCAUGUGGAAUAUCAACGUGACCCAAGUCAACUGCGCCGACCUGAAUGUUCCAGUCAAUGACGAGUGUGGUGUGCGGAACAAUCCCGUCCUACCUGCUAGGAGCUUGGACUUUUCGGAUUUGAACGAGACCGCGCCUCUGGCGAAAAUCGUGGAUUUCGAGGGUAAAAUUUUGGGCGGCGCCGACCUCGGAGGAAUUCAAUUUCCCUGGAUGGUGGCCGUUUUAUUGGACGGGAGCCACGUCUGCAGCGGGACUUUGGUUGCCCGGCAGUGGGUCGUGACGGCGGCCAGUUGCGUUAAUUUCUACGCCGAAUCGACUGCUGCUGUGGGAAGAAUUACGCUCUUGCUCGGAAGUUUCAAUUUAGCCCUGGCGGAAACCAGGCGAGUGACGCGCACCGUGGAAAGAGUUUAUAUUCACAACGAGUUCCAAGGAAACAACUUCGACGUCGCUAUUUUGAGGAUGAACCAAACUGUCCCUUUUAGCGCGGCAAUUCGACCGGUCUGUUUCCCAAGUCCCACCCGAAAUUUUGCUGGGCUGACGGGAAUUAUAGCUGGAUGGGGCACCAAUGGUGGUCCCGCCAAGAGCAACUUCCUCCUCGGCGGCAACGUCCCAGUGAGGUCAAACGCGGCCUGCCAAACCGCCUGGAAUGCUAUGAAUGUCGUAAUCAGGGACAGCAUGAUUUGCGCUGGUGACGGAGCAGUUGCUCAGUGCAACGGUGAUGUUGGAGGGCCGUUGAUUGUUGCCGAUGCCAACGGCUUGUUCUCCAUGGUAGGGAUUUCGUCGCUAUUUGCACCGCCAGCCUGUGGAAAUCCCGACUUUCCCGAUGUCUACAUGAGGACUAGUUCCUUCUUAAGCUGGAUUAACCUUGUUUUGGGCCAAAAGUGAGAAGCUUUUGGAAUUAUAAAUUUUUUAUAUUGCUUAUUGGAAUUUUUAUACUUUUUUAUAAAAUCUUUUAG